UACUAGAGGUGGUGGCUGCGGCAGUGGUCGUGGUCCGACGCUGUUCAGGGUGGAAGACUUCCCGCACAUGAAGCUUAUUUUUUGACCGCUCCCCGUCUGCCUGCGGCCUUGACUUGUAAUCCUAGGCCCUUUUAGGCUCCUCUGACUCAGCUAGCCAGACCCCAGACCCAAACCAUGUUCCCGGUGAAGGUGAAAGUGGAGAAAUCAGGCUUUGAGCACUGGACCAGAGCACCUACUAGUUGGAAGAGGAAAGCAAACACCUCACAGGAGUUGGAGAUGGCUAAGGCCCGGAACCAACUGGAUGCUGUCCUGCAGUGUCUGCUAGAGAAGAGUCACAUGGACAGGGAGCGUCUGGAUGAGGAAGCCAGGAAGACGCCCUCAGACACCCACAGCAAGGAUUGCUCCAUUGUGGCCACCGGCAAACGGCCAUCCGCCCGCUUCCCCCACCAGCGGAGGAAGAAGAGGAGGGAAAUGGAUGAUGGGCUGGCUGAAGGAGGGCCGCAGCGAUCUAACACGUAUGUGAUUAAGCUGUUUGACCGGAGUGUGGACUUGGCUCAGUUCAGUGAGAACACACCGCUGUACCCAAUCUGCCGUGCCUGGAUGCGCAACAGCCCCACAGUGCGUGAGCGCGAACGCUCACCUGGCUCACCGCUGCCCCCACUGCCUGAGGAUGAGGAGGGUUCAGAGGUCACCAACAGCAAGAGUUGUGAUGUGUACAAGCUGCCUCCUCCCACAGCCCCUGGGCCACCUGGGGAUGCCUGCAGAUCCCGAAUUCCAUCCCCACUGCAGCCCGAGAUCCAGGGUAUCCCUGAUGAUGAGCCCUCUGAGCCUGAGCCCUCACCCUCCACACUCAUCUACCGCAACAUGCAGCGCUGGAAACGCAUCCGCCAGAGGUGGAAGGAGGCAUCUCAUCGGAACCAGCUUCGUUACUCAGAAAGCAUGAAGAUCCUACGGGAGAUGUAUGAGCGACAGUGAUGUUCCCCUGACUCCACCCCACCCCAAUAAACAUGUCCACUCUUCAC